AUGGGUUUCUCGAUAUGGAUGGAUCGCAUACGGCAGGUGUUCAUUUUUUCGAUCGUCGCUUUCGCCUCAAACUUCGAGUAUGGCUUCUCUACCACUUAUUUGAACACACCAGUGGAGGAGUUCAAGGUUUUUCUUAAUGAAUCCUUCACAAGAAUGGGACGGACAAUGACUGAGUCAACCUAUACGAUGCUGUGGAAUCUGAUUCUGAACAUUUGGUUCGUGGGAUUCAUCAUUGGAAUCUGGUUUAAUCCUCUUCUGAACGACAAAUUCGGGCGAAAAAUUGGAUUUCUCGUUGGCUGUGGCAUAGCACUUCUUGGCGCUGUUCUACGCCUUCUGGCCAUCUGUGUGUAUCGGCCUGAGCUGCUGCUUAUUGGACGGUUUCUCACAGCUCUGUGUGAAGCAAUUACCUACCAGUCCUGCAUUCUUUAUCUCCAGGAAUGCUCUCCCACUCACAAACGAGGCAUGAUGACAUUUCUGAGCGAGAUUUCCUAUUCAUCCAUGUGUUUCGUGGGUAUGAUGCUUGGCACUCGUCAAAUGCUUGGUGGCGAUCUCGUUGCCCUCAUGACUUUUGCGAUACCAUUCUGUGCAUUUUUCUUCAUCGCACUCUUCUUCCUACCAGAAACGCCAAAAUUCCUUCUUAUUUCGCGUUCAAACCUACCAGCAGCUGAACGAUCAGUGCGUUUCUACCACGGCUCCGAUUGCGACGUAGACACGGUCAUCAAGGAAAUCAUUUUGGAAGCCGAGGACGAGACGCAAACAGCCCUAUCUUGGAAAUCGGUCAAGGAAUUAUUCACCGAACCGCAUUUGAGAAUGGCCAUUUUGCUUAGCAUCUCCGCAUUGCAGAAUACGGUAGGACUUUGGUCGAUGUUAUUAUCGUCGACAUAUUUUCUCGAAGAAAUCGGACUCGACGAAGCAGUUGCCUCAUGGAGCAGUACUGCAAUGACACUAGGGUAUACAGUAGGUACACUGGCAGGAACGACUUGGAUCGAACGAAUUGGUCGGCGUACAAUUCUUCUCUCUUUCACCAUAGUCGAUAACAUUAUCUUGGUGUUGUAUGUGGUUUGUGCUGAGCUUAGUCCUGUGGCGAAGCAGUUUAAGUACUGCUGCCUUGUACUGCUCAUCCUCUACGCCUUCGUCUAUGGGAGCGGUGUCGGUCCGAUCUCGUGGUUCAUCUCAUCGGAGCUGGUUCCGCAGAAAUACCGUAGCCUGACGCAGUCGACGUGUUACUCUCUCAAUAGUGUAAUCGUAGUCAUUCUAACGUUUUCAAUUCUUCCUCUGUACAGAGUAAUAGGGUCCUAUGCCUUUCUGACCCUUUAUACAACCCCAUCUGUGAUAAGCAUAAUUAUAAUGUACUGCCACCUACCGGAAACCAAAGGCAGAGAAAUUCAUGAAAUCGUGUCAGAGUUGCGAGGAAAGACGAAAUCGAGCUGA